GAGCGAACCAGGUACAUAUGCAUACAUCUCGGAACCCUCGCGCGUCCACGUUUUUCGAACCCUUCCGACCGUAUCACUCGGGACGACGCGAACUUUAAUUCUUUCGUGCAUUAUUUAUCCUCUGUCCAGUGCGUAUUUCUCCCCAUGAUCGGCGCAGAGUGCUGCCGAGUGAUGCGCCGCGGCUCGACGUGACAACACAUGGUCCGGGUCCGCUCCAUCGACACCGCUGCUACUACGCCAUGCCCGCCAACUUCUUGUGCCCGGUCACGCUCUUAGCAGCGCCUCUUCCCCAAAUCCAACGCGCCGGCGCACCUUUCCUCUAACCACCGACACCGUCACCAUGGUCCGACAAAGGGCGCCCUCGACGGCGUCCACAAACUCCUCGAUGGUUGCCCGGGAUCAGGAACUCGGGAGCAUGUACGACUACCUGGCCAAGAUCAUUCUCUUGGGUCCCAGCGGCUGCGGAAAGUCAUGCCUGCUUCACCGAUUCGUCAAGAACGAAUGGCGCAUCUUUUCCUCCCAAACCAUCGGCGUCGAGUUCGCGUCCAAAAUAAUUAGAGUAGGCACUGGCGCUCGAAGGAAGCGCAUCAAGCUCCAACUCUGGGAUACUGCAGGCACCGAGCGUUUCCGAUCAGUAUCUCGAUCCUACUACCGCGGCGCCGCUGGCGCAAUCCUCGUCUACGACAUCGCCUCGAUAGCGUCGCUACGGGCGCUUCCUACCUUCUUAAACGAUGCUCGUGCACUAGCUUCACCGUACUUGACCGUCGUGCUCGCAGGGAACAAGGCAGACCUGGCGGAUGGGGACUCGACGUACGAGGAGCCGUCGCUUUUGGAUGAACCUAUCACCGCGCCAUCGAGCGUGGCCAGUCGGAGCGGGUUUGGACCAGACGGCAGAGGCUCUGUGAGGUCGAUCAGCACCGCCGGAUUUGGCGGGCAAAACACCCUCACAGUGGCACCAGAGGGACGUGAAGUCCCGGCCGAACUGGCCUCGCGGUGGGCAGACGAUGUCUCCAUCCCAGUCGCCGUCGAGGUUUCGGCGUUAUCAGGCGAUAAUGUCGAGGAUGUCUUCACGCGGCUCGCGCGGAUGAUUCUGACAAAGAUCGAGAUUGGAGAAAUCGACCCGGACGACCCGCAAAGCGGCAUACAGUACGGCGAUGUUGGCGGUUGGUACGAUGAUGGCAGCAGUAUGAAGAGCGGCACGACUCUGGAUGACCACGGCACAAGAAGACGCCGCAAAACUAGACCGCGCGGAGGAACGAACGGAUGGAUGAAUGGGAUGCAAGAGUGGGAAGAGGUCUUCCGCAUCUCGGGACCACGACGAAGAGGCGGAUGUUGCUAGUGGGUGUUGUAUCUUUUCUCAUUCGUUUGUCUCAGGGGAAUGGCGUUGGAUAGAGGCCCCAGAGACUCCGGACAGUCACAGGACAGGCAUCAGUGGUACAGUUUUGCGUUCGAGUUGAGCUGCUGCAUAUUUUGACCGGCCUCAAUCAAGCUUACGAUAAUUUAAUACUACUUUACGACAUAGAAGACCGCGAAGCCUGGAC